ACUUCAUUACGAAAACAAAAAAAAAUAGGUUAUCUCUGGAUUGUACUUUUUGGCUUAUUGUGACCGUGUUCUUAUUUCAAAGACUUUUUUGAAAGACACUUUAUUUUUUCUUCUGCUUUGUAAGGUAAAAAAAUGGGCUCAGAGAUCUCGGAAAAAGGUAUGCUUGUUAGCACUGCUAUUGCCCUCUGCGCUUUUGUUACUGGCUACUUUCUUGGUCAUCGUACUCUUCAAAAAACCAGUGUUCCUAAAGAAAAGCAAACAAUGGAAGAUAGUGACGAUGAAUUAGAUGCUCUUCCUGAUACACAAAUUGAUGCCGAUAAAUACGAUAAUUUCAAAAUGACCCUGAUUGUUCGCUCUGAUCUUGGUAUGACCAAGGGCAAAAUUGCUGCACAGUGUGGACAUGCUACUUUAGCUUGUUACAAAGCUGCAAAGAAAUCUAAUCCCAAGUUAUUGAAAGCCUGGGAAUAUUCAGGACAAGCCAAAGUUGCAUUAAAAUGUGACAGUGAAGAUAAACUUUAUGAAUUCCAAGCUAUUGCUCUCAGUCUAGGUUUGCCCGCUCAAGUCAUUCAAGAUGCAGGUCGCACACAAACUGCGCCUGGCACUCGCACCGUGCUUGGUGUUGGACCAGGACCUGCUGAAUUGAUUGAUCAAGUAACUGGAAAAUUGAAACUUCUUUGAAUAGGGCUGUGUCACUUAUAAAUACCUUUUGUCACAUCCUUUUUUUUUUACUCUUU